GCCAAUCUUAACAGGUCCUCCUACGCAGUGCAAGUCGCCUCAGAACAAAUCUUUUCCCUCCUACAAUUCCGCAAACUCUUCUCAACCAAUUCAAUUGAUCACGGCAACCAGCAACGCGACAGGGCCUCCUCUGCGCACUAUUCAAUACCACUGCAACACGCUCUACCUGCGAGCACUCGGUUCACUUUGACGCGCCCUGCCGCGACUCCUUUGUCAUUCUAAUCGUCUGUUAUCGAUAACCCAAUCGUCAAAUUUACGGACGCGCCUCGUCGCAUCGCUUCGUCGCCGACAUGGAAGACGUUGCGCCCGAAUUGCAACCGCAACAGAUCGACUCCAAGCUGCGACGCAAUUCGUCAUCAGCUGCCGCCGAUGCUGUCUCGCAGUUGCUCGGAAUGACCGGUGGUCUUCCCGAUGCCAACGGGAGUGACGAUCCAGCACAAGAUCACGGCUCGAUGCAUACCUCGAAUAACCAGCCUGACGCGCAACCCCAAGCGCAACACGCACCACCGCCGCCUCCUCAGCACCCAGUGUCCUACAAUGGCGCAACACCCGCGGCGACGGCAGGCGGCGGGAGCAGUGGCCUCCCUACAUGUCAGAACUGUAGUACAUCUACGACCCCAUUAUGGCGUCGCGACGAGUACGGCAAUGUACUCUGCAAUGCUUGCGGGCUGUUCCUAAAGCUACAUGGUCGGCCGAGGCCGAUAUCCUUGAAAACGGAUGUCAUAAAGAGUCGCAAUCGACUGAAGGGCACGCGCAGCGAUGCGCAUGGCAAGAAAAAGGCGACGCAUCAAAGUAACGCUGCUCCGCGAUCUGCGAAUCUCCAUGGAGAUGGCGCCAACGGAUCCCCUAUCUCUCGAACCGACACGCCGUCCAUGUAUAACAAUCCCUUGCCAUCGUUCAUGAUGGACGAUCCUUAUUCUUCGAACUUUGGGCAAACUGGCGACGGGUCUGGAUCACCAAUGAACGGCGACACGCCACAGACGCACGAGCAGCUCAUCGCAGCCAACUCCAGCCUCAAGACCCGUGUACGCGAGCUCGAACUCAUCAAUGAACUCUUCAGGGGCCGAUUAAGUCAACUGGAGCAACAGGAAGCCGCCGCGCGCAGGGGGCAUGAGGUAGCCGACUCGGAGCAGACCGGACUACGGACGCAACUGGAAGAGAGCCGAGGAAGCGAAGCGCAACUGCUCGCCCAGUUGGAAGAGACCCAUCGGCGGGAGAACAGCCUGAAGAGACGGUUGGACGAGCUGGAACUGGAGCUGAAGGCCGCUACGGCAACGAAGACCGCCCGAGACGCUGAACAAGCCCUUGAAAGCCAGCAUGAUGAGUCUGAACGACCGUCCAAAAAAGCGCGGACCGCCAGUCCUGCGAGAGGCAACGAAUCUAGCUCAGAAGAGGUCACGGUGUCGCUUCCCGCAGAGGAAGAGACUGGUCAGGCCCCCGAGCCCACCAUGAUGGUCGACACCGAUGCAUAGGGCACCUUUGACUGAUAUACCUUGUCAUUGUGGAAGAGACCGGUUGGUGGUAAUAGGAAAAGUAAUACAGCGUGAAUUGGCCUGGCCAGGAAUACCGCAAGGGCAGCUUGAGCCCCGUGCGAGGAAUGAAUUUUAACGAAAUCAAAUGCAUUUUUUGCGC